AGAAUAAUUUAGGCCAACAAAAGACUCAAUAGCCAAGCAAUUAUGAAGAUAUGACUGCAUUUUAAACCACUUAUCAAGCAGUGAAACCAAGGCACAUGAGCAGAAUGUUCAGACCUUGAUCGAUCAUGGGUUAGACGGACAAGUUUUAACGGCUGAGAAACCAAAUUCUGCUACCAAGUCCUCAAAAUCUGACACUCCAAUCCAUUCAGUCAAUCUCAAUGAAAUUACAAUAAACAAUUCCCCUGGUACAGGUUUGCCCGAGUCCUUUGUCUCAACUGGACACACCAAUGCACCAUCAGUGGGUAGGACUUCGGAGACCGCUCUUCUAGAUGAAAGGUCAUUGUUGGCUUGGAUGGUUCGGACAAUACCAGCUGGUGGUAGAAUUAGGAUCAGUUCGACGCUGCCGAAUAGGCUUGGGAAGAUGCUUGCACCUUUAGACUGGCAUGAUUACAAGAAAAAGUAUGGAAAGCUAGAUGAUUUCGUUGCUGCUCAUACUGAAUUAUUUGUGAUUGAGGGGGACUAUAUUCAGCUGCGUGAAGGAGCUCAAGAGAUGAUAGCAGCUACAGCCGUUGUUGCCAGAGUUGCUGCUGCUGCAGCAACAUCAUCCCCCUACUCUUCAUGUUUGCCUUCUGUGGCUGUUACUCCAGUGGCACAGACUCACCGCUUAAAGAAGAUAUCAUCUCUUGAUUCCAAAAAUGUGGUUACUUCUACUCCAAAUGCAAAUAAUGCUCACUUGCAGUCUGUAAAGCAGAAUCAGCAAUUAAAUGGUGUAUCUUUUGGUGUUUCGGGAGGUAUGACGAACGUAAAAAUUUUGAGCAAAUCCAAGGACAUGAAUGGGCCUGAACCUACUCCCAGCCAGUCAUCUGUAUUUCUUAAUGGUGGAAAUGGAGCUCCUCUGGACAGAUCAAUGGCCAAUGGCCGGCAUUUUGUUGGGAAACAGCAUGGCAGGAUGACUAAUUCUGCAUUUACCUCCAGAAGAUAGACUUCAGGAGCAGUCACAGCAUCUUUUGCCCCGAAAGUGUACUAGUGUGCAGAUUAGAGGCUUAUUUUGGGAAGUUAUACUAGAUGUGGGGAAAUUAUGUUGUGAAGAUUGAAUCUGUUUCAUCAAUAUUUGCAUCUCAUGGGAUUCGCAGAUUGGAUUUGUGUUUGCCUUUUUUUUUUUUUUGGUUUAAAAGCUUUAGCUUUUUCUGUGUUUUAUCAUAGUCAAGACUCCACAGCCAACUGUCUGAAGUGAUAUACAAGCACAAAACGGCUUCUGUUCACUGACGGGUUGGCUCAUUUUGGAUUCUUGAUAAUUUAAACAAUAGCUCGCCUUUUCUUUCUGGAGUAGAAAAAUUGCAUCUUCCA